AUUCAAUGUCAAUUAUAAUUACUUGAUCAGUUACAAUUACCCGACCCGAUCAAUUACAAUUACCGAAUUCGAUCAGUUACAAUUACCUGACUCAACCAGUUACAAUUACAUGACCCGACCAAUUACAAUUACCCGAUCAUUUAUAGUUACUCGAUCCAAUAAGUUACAGUUAUCAGAUCCGACCAGUUACAGUUACCCUGUCCAACCAGUUACAGUUACUCGUUUCAACCAUUUACAAAUACUCGUAUCAACCAUUUACAAUUACCUAAACAAAUCAAUUAGAGUCACUCAAUCCAAUCAAUUACAAUUAUCUGAUCCGACCAAUCACUUACAAUUACUCGAAACAUCUAGUUACAUUUAUCCGCACGGGCCAAUUACACUCAUCCGCACGCUAGCCACCGCCACCGCCGGCCAUCGCUGGCCACCGCCCCUGCUCAACUGCCUCGUCAAUAAGCCCCUCUCCUCUUCAGUGGCCGGCCUCCUCAGCCCGUCUCUGGCCCCAACCCAACUCCAGCCUACCCAACCCCGUGCCACUGCCGUCUACCGGCCACCGCCCCUGCCCAACCGCCAUGUCAAGGAGCCCCUCCCCUAUCCAUUGGCCAGCCUCCUCAGCCCUUCUCUAGCCCCAACUGGCUCCAGCCUACCCAACCCCCUGCCACCGCCAGCCACGCCGGCCCCGUCCCUACGCCGCCCUGCUCAACCCGCUCAUAAACCUUAGACAAUCGCCGCCCCACCCCCUCACCCUGACUUCUGUAGCCGUUGCAUCGCACCUCAGUACCCCGCCCCCAGAUCUAGCACUGAGCAGAGGAAGCCUAGCCGCUCGCCGCGCUUGACCCAUAAGUAGAACCCUAGACACACACGCCCCGCACCCUGCCCCGAAUCCCUGUCCCCACUGAUCUGAAACUAAUAGCCCGAUUCAUCGUCGAUCUUGUUGAUGCAGAAUCGGUCUUCAUUGUAGAGAUGAUGCAGUUGCGGACUGGCGGCGGUGAAGGGGAUGCGGCGGUGAAGGGCGGCUGCGGCGAUCGAUGGUGUAAGCUUUGAAGAGAAGUGGACAGUUUCGACAGGAAGGAUUGGGAGAGGAGAAGCGGACAGUUUCGAAGGAGGGAUAGGGAUAGCCG